AUGAUCCCCCAGGGAUCAGCGGGGCUGCGCUCGUUGUGUCCUUUGGCUCAGCGAAGCCUCCACGCCUCAACUAGUGCUUUUGGUGGAGCUCCUACUCAUGUCACGCAGCCAACUGACCCAAAUGCUGCUCCGACAUAUAUGGGAUACUUAGCUGGAGCUAUCAAUGCAAUACUCGCUAAGACCGCAGCAGCCAGUCAUGCCUUGGGUCUAACAUCAGAAGAGUCAAGUGGCCCGACAAAACCCAUUGUGACUGAGACUUCUGCAAGCGGUGCACCCACGAAAGCACAGUUUCUGAAAUAUACGUUUGAAAAACGGGUAUCAAGAACUGAGGUAACGACUACGACGAAGGCGUUGGUGAAACAAAUUUUGCUUGCUGAGACGUCGAGUUCUAAACUCACUCGCAUUCAAGAGCUCAGCAGUCAUAUCAUUAGCUUCCCUCCAACGAGGAUUAUAGCGGCCCAGCAUCCUCGUCUUAUUGCUGACUUACUUUCCACAGUAACGUCUGCUGAUGUAAGUGCAGAACUCCGAGCAGAAGCUCGUCAAUGCCUGACGCUGUGCGGUUGUCAACCUGCUGUAAAAAGUAGAGGUGUUAAUCUCCUGAGUAUCGAUGGAGGUGGUACUCGUGGCAUGAUGGGUCUCGAAGUUCUUGAACAGAUAGAACGGGUUUCUGGGAAAAGGGUUUGUGAGUUGUUUGAUCACGUAGUUGGCGUCAGUACUGGUAGCAUUAUCUCCAGUUUACUGAUUGGAAAGGGAUACAGUGUCAGAGAAUGUCGCAGUGUUUACGUGGAAGUCUCAAAAAAGCUAUUUUCACAGAGCCGUCUUACUGGUGUUAGUGGGGUUGUCUGGAAUCACUCGUAUUAUGAUACUAAGAAAUGGAUGGGCAUGUUGAAAGAGGUUAUCGGGGAAGAUCUAACUCUUAUUGAGACGAGUAAGGCUGAAGUUCCACGCCUCAGUAUUGUCGCGACCAUAGUGAACUCGCCUGUUCUGCAGCCGUAUAUAUUCCGUAACUAUGAGCCUCCUGCAGGACGUGAUUCCCACUAUCGAGGAAGCACGGGGCAUUGCCUAUGGAAGGCAGUUCAGGCCUCAGCUGCUGCUCCACUGUAUUUUGAGGAAGUCAAAGUUGACCAAUAUCUUCUGCAGGAUGGAGGGGUUAUUGCAAACAAUCCAACGGCGAUUGGAAUUCACGAAGCGAAACUCCUUUGGCCCGAAGAGCGAUUACAUUGCGUCGUGUCCAUUGGUAAUGGUAGAUCGGUGUGCGAUCUUGAACAAGAACAGUCGAUGACACCAUCUCCAUUGAGCUCUCUGCAAAAGUUCAAUCGUAUUAUUGAUAGCGCCACGAAUACUGAAACCGUGCACAUGUGUAUGCAUGAUUUAUUGGAUCAGAACGUUUACUUCAGGCUGAAUCCAUACAUGACAUUCCCUUAUGCGCUUGACGAGUUCGAUCCGAAAAAACUUGAUCAAAUGCAGAACGAUGCGAAACUGUAUGUUCGGCGAAACAUGUCAAAAAUUGAGGAUGCCGUGGCCAGACUUCUCCAAAAACCCACUGUUGUACAAAGGAAUAUGCGCCGAUUUGAACAAUGGAUGGAUGAGAGAGGAAUGUAUUCACCUCGCUAA